GUCGCUCGCUGCGGUAGCGGCAAUUGCUUGCGUUGCGUUGCGUUGGCUUUGGCUUUGCAGGCGUGCGUGUAUGCGUUUGUGAGAAGUAGUAGCAGUGGUAGUGGUGGUGGUGCUAGCCCUGUUCCAUUUGUAUGAAUAUUGCGGGAAUGAGACGAGAUUGUGAGCAGGGAUGCACAUUCGUUCUCCCUGGCUUUUCCUCCGUGUCCCUGCUCUUGAAUUAACGAGUGAAGAUGCUGGAUAAAGGGAGUGGACCAAUGACUUGGGAACCGGACAAGUCGUCCACGAGGGCGGAUUUCGGAGGGGAUUUUGUGGCUUCGGAUGCGGAUGUGAAUGUGAAUGCAUUUCAGGGUGAAUUAUUGUUCGAUGAGGUUUUCGAGCAUCUGGUGAUAACGCCAGCGUCGGAGGAUGGAACGAUCAAGAAUCGUGGACGCCGUUCCGCGGCGAAGGUGUCCUCGGAGGAUCGUGGAAGUGAAUCACUGGGUUCAUUACCGCUUUUUGAAGCCGAAGGGUAUUCCCGUGCUUGCAGAGUUGCUCGCAAAAAAUUCAUUAACCUCUGCUAUCAGGUCGAUGAUAAUUUGGGAGAUCUUAGGCACGAGCUCGAGAGUUUUGAUGCAAAUCACGAGAAGAAAUUUAUUCAGUUGGAAGAGGGAGCACAUGCCUUACUCAGUGUUUCCAGUCGGUUGGACACUCGAUUAUCAGCAGUAUGUCAUACUGCUGUCAAAAUUGGAGGACAUUUACAGAAGGCAGAUCAACAGAAGUCUGCUGCCAACGAUGCUAUCCAGCUAACUAAGUACUUGAUGGAGUUUAACUCGAGUCCAUUGGAGCUUAUGAAGCUUUCUCCGUUGUUCUCUGAUGAUGCGCGUGUCGUAGAGGCUGCAGCUGUAGCACUGAAGCUUCGUUUGGUUGCUGGGUUGGAAUCUGGAGCUCCUGGAACCCAAGUACAUGCUACUCCGAGUUUGGGCUUGGAAGCUGCGUUUGAAAACCUUCAAGAGUAUUGUAGUGACUUGGAGAAUCGUCUGCUCUCCCGUUUCAGCACGGCCUCUCAAAGACAUGAUCUUAUUGUUAUGGCCGAGUGCGCUAAAAUUCUCAGCCAGUUCAACCAAGGGAAAAGUGUGCUCCAGCUGUUUAUUGCGUCUCGAUCGAUGUUUAUGGAUGCGGAAUUUAUGUACAAUAAUGCUUACCCUGACAAAGGAUCUGCAGCUAAGCGUCUUCCUGAUACGGUCACUGGUCUUUCUGAGACCUACAAGGAUAUUGCCGGGACUGUUCGGAAGGAGGCUGAUGUAAUAUCCGCUGUGUUCCCAUCACCACAAGUAGUUUUGACUAAUCUAGUUGAGCGAGUGCUAGAACAAUUAGUGGUCGCGACACUUGAAAACCUUCUCUCAAUUCCAUCUCUAAUGAAUCCAAUUCCAAUGGAUGAAGGCGGUUAUCAGCAGUACUUGCGCCUGCUUGCUGGGGCUUAUGAGAGGACUCACGAAUUGGUUAAGGAACUCUGCACCAUGGGAUCCGAGGAACUGAGUUUUGAAGGGUGGGUUGAAUCCCUCUUUUCACCUUAUUUGGAAGUUUAUUUAGAAAUUGAACGUGCGUCGCUGUCUCAGCUCUUCCAAUCAAAGAUGGUAGAGUUGAACAAAGAUCAAGGAUCAAAGCAUGAUACCGCUGUGGAUGAGAUUCGUGGUUGGAAUGAAGAAGCAGUAUCUCGUUGUGUGCUCUUUACUCCACAGGCUGCCAAUUUGGCAAUGAACGUGAAGGCCGUUUUUCUUUCCUUUCUCGACCAGGUCAACCAGUACACAACGGAACAAUUAGAGAAAGCAAUCGUUGCCUUGGAUGAAGCAGCGCAGAGACGAAAUCUUUACUCCGUUGGCUUUACAGUGAGCCGCCGUGUAGCUGCUGCUGCCACCACUGCGGCUGAGGCAGCAGCUUCCGCGGGAGAACGGGCGGUUCGUGGCUUUAUGGUCGCUGUGUACAGAGCCACAACUAAUGCCACUUCGGUUCAGCAGUAUUUGACGAGCAUCUCGCGAUUAUUACUUCCCUUGGAUGGAACACAUGCGGCAUGCUGUGAACAGAUGGCAUUAUCCAUGGCUAAUUCUGAACGCGCUGCUUUAAAAGGUCUUCAACUGUGUAUCGACACAAUCAUGGCGGAGGUUAAUCGCAUUUUAUUUGCAGAACAAAGAGCCACUGACUUUAAGCCAGCAGAGCAUGGAAGUUCUUUGGACCAUCAGCCCACCAGUGCCUGUAUCAAAGUAAUAUCAUAUAUGGAGCACAUGCUGGAUUUAGGGUAUGAAUCCUUAGAAGGGCUUAAUAAGCAAGCCUUUUUGACAGAAUUGGGCAAUCGACUGAACGAUAGCCUCUUGAUUCACUGGCAACGUUUUACCUUCAGUGUCAGUGGAGGUCUUCGUUUGAAACGCGACGUUGCAGAGUAUGCAGAAUUUGUCCGAAGCUUUAAGGUUUCAAUCAUAGAUGAAAAGUUUGAGUUUCUGGGCACUUUGGCGAAUGUUCUCAUAGUAUCUACAGAAACCCUGCCCUCUUUGAUCGAUAAUAGUCUCAAAGAGGCUAGAGAAGACGCAGUACGUUUUGUCAAGUUGAGGGAGGACUUUAAAUUGGCGAAGCUCGAGAACAGGAUCAGUGGAUGGCUAGACAAGCCAAAGAAAGCUACAAGUGCAUUCUUGCAGAUGGGAGCUUUAUUGGGGAAUAAGCCUGUCAAUGAAGAAGCAGUUGCUGGACAGGACUCACGGACUCCGCUAGUGUCAAAUACAGUAGUAAAGGAUACAGAUGGUGGACAUGGUGAAGUGUAUCCUGUGUCAAAGGUUAGGCAUAAUGGUGUGACAGUUGAGGCUAUUGGUAGAGUUACACCACCACGAGUACGAGAUAGUGAAGGAAGAAGAUUUCAAGGUUAUAAUAAGAAGAUGGAUGAAUUUGGUGGCCUAGUUUCAGGACGAUACGAAUCGAAGAUACAUCGUACUACAAUGGACGAUUAUGGGGAUCUUGAACCAGCAUCUCAUUAUGCUGAAGGUGAGUUAGGUUCAUCUCGAAGAACAGGUGGAAAGAGUGCGGAAGCAAAUGGAAAACUAUGGACUGAAAGAGGGUCUAGCCGUAGCGGGAAAGGAUCAUUCUUGAAACCAGGAGUUUCAGAAUUUGGAACAUUUCGAUACCACGGAUCAGGAGAAGAGAGAGAAGCUACCAUGCGAGACAACGCAAGUUCUUCGCCGCUAAGCCGGUCUGGAACCCUAAGUGAAUUGCCUGACAGAGUUGGAGAUGGAGUUGGAGCAUAUAGUGAUGAUGUCGCAUCAGAAGAGAGAAAUGAUGCCAUGAAAGAGACUGUAGGUUAUUCUUCUUUUCGGGGAUCUAGACGGUCCAGUAGAUUGUACCAAAGCGGUUCAGGAAGACUUGAAGGAUACAGGGAUGUGGGCUCAUCGAGGGCGAGAGAUGUUCGUUCACACGAGAAUACUGAUUCUCCUUUGAGAAGAUCCGAAUUGUUGAGAAGAUCGUCUCAAAUCCUUGGUGACAGAGUUGGAUCGCAUAGGGAGGUCGAAGGAGAACAUGCUGAAGUUUCCCUACUAGAAAGUGCUAUGUCUACGUCGCUGAGAGAAUCGAGAAGACCAAACCGAAUGUCCGAAGAGGACAGAGGUGGUGUUAGGGGUGGAAAAAGACAGGAGUCAAUGUAUGUCCCGCGUUACUCACGUAACGAGGUGACUGGCGGUUCUCGAAUGUCCGCUACUUCAGUCUACAAGGGACGCACAGACACCAACGUAAAACCUGAAGAAGUCAGUCUGAAGAAUUCGCUUCAUGAACAGAGGACGAUGAGCAGUGCGUCUGGUGGAGAAGCCAAUAUUGGGAAUUCAUUCCACGAACAUAGAACGAUAAGCAGUGCGUCUGCUGGAGAAGUCAAUAUUGAGAAUUCUCUCCAUGAACAACGGACGGUGAACAGCACGUCUGGUGAAGUUAAAGUGGAAAACUUUGUCCCUGUUGUAGGAUUACAGCGCCUACAAAGUACAUAUGUCAAGAAAGAAGCUCCUUUGAAGUCAACCUUUAUUCAUGCUCCGUCCACCCCUAUUCCGGCUCUUCCUGCACCUCCUACAGCUAUGUCAGAUGAAACACCUGCUCCUGUGAAGUCAGUUUCAGUUGGCCAGCUGGAUAUAAACAGCUAUGCAGACAAGUUGUCCUUGGAUGCCAUUCGUGAUGACGAAGAUGCAAGCUCAACCAGUGGUGGAUGGUCAUCAGAUUCAGCUUCCUCACCUCGUUCAGGACAAGCUGCUCCAAGACUUCCUUUACCUUCAGUUAGGUUUAUUGGUGAAAAAGGUCAAACUGCUUCUGGAAUCCUACCUUCAGAUGUUAAACCUGGCCUUUCAAGACGUGCUAGCAGGAAAGAUAGUAUUUCUGGGCUUUCAAGACGUCCUAGCAAAAGGAUGAAUUCAAAUCGGUUUCUGUAUAGUAUCAAUUCCACUAUCUCUAGACUCGAAAGCACCCAGGAACUCGAUUCAGUUUCUCCUGCACCACCUCCAGCUUCAUCUUCACCUGUUGUUGAAGAAGCAGAAGCUUCUUCGCUUCCUCCGCCAGGAAAAUCAGCUCCUCCUCGACGUCCUCCUCCUCCACUUCCUCCUUCUCUGCCAGGAAAAUCAGCUCCUCCACCCCCACCUCCACCCCCACCUCCACCUCCCCCUCCACCAGGAAGAUCAGCUCCUCCACCCCCACCUCCACCCCCACCUCCACCUCCCCCUCCACCAGGAAGAUCAGCUCCUCCACCCUCUCCUCCUCCACCUCCACCACUUCCUCUAGGAGGACGAGCCGCUCCACCACCUCCUCCUGGAGGACGGGCGGCUCCACCACCUCCUCCUGGAGGACGGGCGGCUCCACCACCUCCACCACCUCCGCCACUUCCUCCUGGAGGACGGGCGGCUCCACCACCUCCGCCACCUCCGCCACUUCCUCCUGGAGGACGGGCAGCUCCACCACCUCCUCCACCUCCUCCUGGAGGACGAGCCGCUCCACCGCCACCACCUCCUCCGGGAGGACGGGGUGCUCCUCCACCGCCACCACCUCCUCCAGGGGGACGCGGCGUUGCUCCACCGCCACCUCCCCCUCCAGGAGGGCGUGGCGCUCCACCUCCACCUCCUCCUCCAGGAGGACGAGGCGCUCCUCCUCCUCCUCCUCCAUUGGGUAAAAAACCACCUCCGCCGGCUCUGAAUGUUGUGACUAAGAAGCCGGCACCAGCUAAAGUUAUAUCACCGCCAAAGCAAAAACUUAAACCUUUGCAUUGGGAUAAAUUGAAAGCUGCGCCUGACACAUCAAUGGUGUGGGAUAAUCUGGAUAAAUCAAUGGAGUUUGAUACGGAGAUGCUUGAAGCACUCUUCGGCCUCGCUGCCCCGGCUCCCAAAAAGGAUGUGAAAAAGUCAGCGUCAGCUGCUAAUAUUGUGCAAGUUGCAAUACUGGAAGCUAGAAAGGCUCAUAAUUUUUCUAUCCAGCUUCGGGCUCUCGGACUUACUAAACACGAGGUUAUUGGAGCACUUCUAGAUGGCUCAGGUGAUGGAUUAAGCAUGGAUGUUCUCGAAACAUUAGUGAAGGUGGCACCGACCGCUGACGAGAAAAAGAAGUUCAUGAAUUAUGAUGGAAGUCUUCUAAAUCUUGGUCCUCCAGACCGCUUUUUCCAUGCCAUAUUGCAUGUCCCAAAUGCGUUUUCUCGUCUCAGCGCAUUGUUAUAUCGAGUAAAGUAUGAAGAAGAGAUGCGACACGUUCGAGGAGCAAUCAAAGUUCUAGAGUCGGCAUGCAAAGAGCUGAGAGGGAGCAAGACAUUCAAUAAGCUUCUGGCGGCUGUGCUGAAGGCUGGCAACAGCUUGAACAGGGGCACUUUCCGGGGGGAUGCCCAGGCAUUCAAACUUGAUAAUCUCUUGAAACUUGAUGAUGUGAAAGGAGUUGAUGGAAAGACCACUUUGUUGCACUUUGUGAUCAAGCAAAUUAUAAGUUCCGAGGAAGCACGAGUUGCAAAAAUGAACAUGGAAUCUACUCCUUCAACUCCUUGUACUCCUUCAACUCCUCAAUCACAGGAUGCGUCUCAGUUUGAAGCUUCCUUUGCAAGCAAUCAUUUAGAGAAAGAAACUGGUGAUGAAACCAAAAACAUGGGAAUGGGAGUAAUAUUGAGAUUACCAUCUGAAUUGUCAAAUGUUAAGAUCGCAGGCGGCUUAGAUGCUUCUUCUUUGAAGGCGGUUAUGCAGAAGUUACUUAAUGGAUUGAAUGAUGUCAAAGAUCAGCUACGGGAAGGACGCUUCGCUGCAUCGCAAGGAGUGGAGGUUAAAGUCAAGGAUAGUACCAUAGAUAUCGCUGAUGAUUGUUUUCAGGCGGCAAUGGAAAAAUUUGUUGCAGAUGCAGAAUCGAGUGUUGCCGCUGCAGAUCGUGAUUUUACUGCAGCAUUUGCAGCCGUGAAGAAGGUUAGUAUUUACUUCUAUGGUGAAGCUGCUGCUAAGGAUGAUUCACAACCUCUUAAGGUGUUUCUCGUUGUUCGAGAAUUUUUAGGCGUAUUAGAACGUACUUGCAAAGCCAUAAUGCAACCUGUGAAGGGAGGUAAAAGUUCUUAGUGUAUUAAUGCAAAUAAUUUCAAGGUGCACCACUAUAUAGUGCUGCCUGUACUUGUAACAUAUCAUACCUCUGAAACUGUUGAUCAUAAAUCACAUUUUAAGUAUCGUAUUGGGCAUGUAAA